AUGGCCGCACAGCCUUCUGGCUGGUCAGCCAAUCCACCUGGUUUUGAAUCAUCAGCAAAUUUGCUGAAGCAAGUUCCCAAUCCAUCUCACUACUCAGUUGUCCAGUCCACACUUCUCAAGUUUGGUUGUGAGGAUUCCAUGGGAGACUGUGUUGAAAGCCAUACUGAGGUCAAGGUAGACCAUGUCAACUGCCCUCCCCUUGUCUGUCCAUCCAGUUAUGCCAUCAUAAAAGGCUAUCAGAUAAGCAACGUCUUGUUUUUUGUUUUACCACCCAUAUGUAUGUGCUUAUUCCGUCAAUAUGCAACCUGCUUCAACAGUGGAAUAUAUUUAAUAUGGACUUUGCUGGUUGUGGUUGGAAUUGGAUCUGUUUACUUUCACGCCACCCUCAGUUUCCUGGGCCAGAUGCUGGAUGAGCUGGCUGUUCUCUGGGUCCUGAUGUGUGCCCUUGCCAUGUGGUUCCCUAGGAGAUACCUGCCUAGAGUUUUUCGGAAUGACAGGAGCCGUUUUAAAGCUGCUGUGGCUGUUCUUUCUGGAGUUACUACCUGCCUUGCCUUCAUUAAGCCUGCCAUCAACAACAUCUCACUGAUGACUCUGGGUGUUCCCUGCACAGCUUUGCUCGUUGCAGAGUUGAAGAGGUGUGAAAACCUGCGUGUGUACAAACUGGGUCUCUUUUCAGGUCUUUGGUGGAUGCUAGCACUUUUCUGCUGGAUCAGUGACAAAGUGUUUUGUGAGAUCUGGUCUUCAUUUAACUUCCCUUAUUUGCACUGUGUAUGGCACAUUUUGAUUUGCCUUGCGGCGUACCUGGGCUGUGUCUGCUUUGCUUACUUCGAUGCUGCCUCUGAGAUUCCUGAGCAGGGCCCUGUCAUAAAGUUCUGGCCCAGUGAAAGAUGGGCAUUCAUUGGGGUUCCUUACGUCACCCUCCUCUGUGCACAGAAGAAAUCACCUGUGAAGAUCACAUGAAGUUUGCCAUGGAACAGGGGUGGAGUUUCAACUUAAUUCCAGCAGAGACAGUAUUUACAUAAUAAUAAAUGAAUAGGAUUGUAUUUUAUCUUCUCCUUAAAAUAUGCAGCACUUCAGGUGCCAUAGAAAGUGGAGACAAGUGUGUUUUCUUUCUCUGUAGAGGAGAGAGGAGCAAGAAGGUGGAGGCUCUUGAACACUGAAGUAACCACUGACUUCUCUGGGAGGCUCUGUUUUGCACUGUGUUGCACUAUGUAGCAUUUCACUUGAUAAAAGCUCUUUCCUAAUACCAGUGUCAAUGAAUGAU